AGAAGCUCUUGGAUAGAACUUUUCAUGAAACAUAUUUUUAAACAAAUUAUUUUCCUUUUUUUUAAUUUUUUAUUUUAAUGUUGUACAUAAUUAGUUAAUGUUUUUUUUAAUAUGUUUAAAUUAGUGUUAAUUGUGUUUUUUGUGGUAUUACAAUGCCACAGCUUUUCGGUGUUAACAAGCCAAAGGGAUGGCUUGCAGUUGGAUGAUACAACACCAGCAUGGCCAAGUGAUAAGAUCCAAAAAGAAUCAACCAUUUUGAAUAAACCUCAAAUGGUUGAAUAUGAAGAGGAUUCAAACGCCAAUCCCAAAACCCAUCCAACAAUGACGGCAAAAUGUGAUCCCUGCCCUGAGGGUGUUAUGUGUGUGCCACAAAUACAAUGUCCAGCCCAUGUACGAAUGCAGGAUCAUGAAAAGCCACAGAUAUGUGAUUUACCAGGUGGAAAAUUUGGCUAUUGCUGUGUAACGGGUCAAAAUCAUACAGCAUCACCCAAAAAUAAAGCUCGAAUACCGCACAUUACAUUCAUCCCCACCGGUGUCAUAGAUGAAGCACGUCUUAGAUUUCAAAAUUUAAUGCACCAGAUCUCAUUCGUUCCCGUUACACGGGGGCAACCGGAAUUUGCCCAUAAUAUGGUAUUUCAUUCCACGCCACAAGAGGAUAUGCAAAACUUUCAGCUAAGUAAAUCGGCCAUGGAGCAGGUGAUUACCACGCAGGUUUUUACCGAAAAAGAACACAUUCCCGUGGAGGAUAUCAUUACGAAUAAUAUUGACUUGGAAUUUAAGGAAACUCCCUUGGAACAUCAUUGCCAUCCGCCCAGAUCAUGUUUAAAUAAACGAUCAAAAUAUCGCACCUUUGAUGGUAGCUGUAAUAAUAUUCGGCCACAUCGUUCCCAUUGGGGAGCUGCUGGACAGCCAAUGGAACGUUUGUUGCCACCGGCCUAUGAGGAUGGUAUUUGGACACCUCGCAUCCAUGCCAAGGAUGGUUCAUUGCUGACGGGUGCAAGGGAAAUUUCCCGUAUACUCUUGGGCGAUUCGGAUAGGCCACAUCCUAAGUAUAAUCUCUUGCUGAUGCAGUUUGGACAAUUUAUUGCUCACGAUGUGACGCAAUCGAGUUCUGUGAGAUUGGAAACUGGCGAGUCCAUACAAUGCUGUGCUCCCAACAAUCGUGCCGUCUUGCCGCCGGAGCGCAGACAUUUUGCCUGCAUGCCCAUUGCAGUGGAGCCCCAUGAUGAAUUCUAUGCUAAUUUUGGUAUACGUUGCAUGAACUUUGUACGCCUCUCAUUGGCUCCGAAUAUGGAUUGCAGGGCCACAUUUGGUAAGCAGCGUAGCAAAGUGACCCACUUCUUGGAUGCCUCGCCGGUAUAUGGUUCCAGUUUGGAGACAGCCAGGGAACUGCGUUUAUUUCAAGGUGGCAGGCUUCGCAUGUUUAAUGAUUUCGGUAGGGAUAUGCUGCCGCUGACCAAUGAUAAGAGUGCCUGUGGUAAUGAUGAUCCCUCAAUGACUUGUUUUAAAUCGGGUGACGGUCGCACAAAUCAAAUAAUAUCCCUGGUUGUGCUGCACAUCCUUUUUGCACGCGAACAUAAUCGCAUUGCCGGCAUACUCAGUCAAAUUAAUCCACGUGCCAAUGAUGAGCUACUCUAUCAGGAGGCCCGGCGCAUUGUCAUUGCCGAAAUGCAACACAUCAUUUAUAAUGAGUAUUUACCCUCCGUCAUUGGGCCGAUGCAAAUGAAACGUUUCCGUUUGGUGCCUCAACAUCACGGCUAUAGCAAUGAGUAUAAUGCCGAUGUUAAUCCGGCAAUAACGAAUGCCUUUUCAGGUGCUGCCUUUCGUAUGGGCCAUUCAAGUGUUGAUGGCAAAUUUCAUAUUCAUCAGCAACAGUCGCCGCAGCAGCCGCCGUUGCAGCGGGGACAUGCCGAUGAAAUUAUCCUUAUACCCGAUGUCAUGUUCAAUCCGUCACGCAUGAGAUUGCGUACAUUUUUGGAUGAUAUGAUGUCGACAAUGUUGCAUCAGCCAAUGCAAAGGGUUGACAGUGCCAUUACCCAGGGGCUCAGCCGAUUUUUGUUCCGUGGCCAUAACCCAUUUGGCUUAGAUUUGGCUGCCUUUAAUAUACAACGUGGACGGGAUCAAGGACUGCGUUGCUACAAUGAUUACAUGGAGGUGAUGGGACAUCGUAGAAUACAGAGUUUCAGUCAGCUGCCACCGGAGGUUGGUCGCAAAUUAUCCCAAGUCUAUCGUCAUCCUGAUGAUAUCGAUCUUUGGGUUGGUGGUCUCUUGGAGAAAUCGGUGGAGGGUGGUAUUGUUGGCAUAACCUUCUCGGAAAUAAUUGCCGAUCAAUUUUCUCGUUUUAAGACUGGAGAUCGUUAUUAUUAUGAAUAUAACAGCUCGAUAAAUCCCGGGGCCUUUACCAUUGAUCAACUGCAUGAGAUACGUAAGGUGACAAUGGCACGUCUGAUAUGCGAUAAUGCCGAUCAUUUGACCUUGCAUGGGGUUUCGCCGGCCGCUUUUAUGCGACCCGAUUUGACGGGCAAUUCACCGGUCCGUUGUGAUAGUGCCCAGAUACCGGUAAUCGAUUUGGAGGCAUGGCGUCUUUGAUUAUUUACCUUAUUUUUAAAUCUUUGGCAAAUAAAUAAAUAAAUCAGU